ACCCUUUCUGAACUUGCAAGCUGAUUAACAGUUCAUAUUUGACGUUUGACUACCACAGUUGUUUUUGUUUACCUUGCUAAAAAAGAUCAAAUUGGUAAAUAUUUGAUUGAAAAUCAAGAACAAACAUCAAGAAAUGCCGUUUGCAGUUAUCGAAACGAUCAACGAUGAUGCUAGAAACGAGCUAUCGGUUGUGCCCGAUAAGUGGCUUCGCAGCUCGAAAAGCGGUAGCAUAGUUCUGUGGCCAAACACAACGAGCACCUCGGAGCAGGCAAAAUAUUUCCGUGAUGAAAACAUGUGUCCGCUAAAAUCAUGGCUGAAGUACAAAUGCACGGUGAAGUGCUAUCCUAUCGCUUCUUACGAACGUGCAGUGACCGCACUGGAGGCCAUGUCAGGUAAGACUGAGACCUCUCCCGAUGCAAACCACUUACGAAAACGACAACGAUGUGAUCAGGAAACAAAUGGUUCACAGAAAAAGCUUGCUGGGGAGAAUUAUUCUUCUCGCUUGCCAAAUGAUAAUCAAAAUGGAGCAUCGUUUAAAGAGAAAACUGACGUAAGCCCACCUACCAAUAAGAAUAUAGUAUUAAUGUCUAAUGAGGUUCCGUUGGCAUCUACCAAAGUUGAUAGCGAUUCAUUCCCUGUCAUCAUUUCGGCAUAUUCAGAAGUGAAUUCAGAAAACAUUGCAUAUGUAGCAAACGAUGCGAACAAAGUGGUUCACGAACCAACCCAUCGAUUGAGAGCAGAUAAUUCGCUUCAGAAAUGUUUGGAUAAAAUGAAUGAAAUACUUGGACUACAACAUCUGAUCAACGCACGAUUAGACCAACUGGACCAAAAAGUUACAAAUAUUUCCGACCAAAAUAAAUUAAUUUUAAAUGCGGCGAAAAAUUGCUGCAAGCGUUCGUCAAAUAUCGAAGAAACAUUGUCGUUUGUUUUUGAACCCAUGGAAAGUGAACAGCAACUAGCGGAGCUCGAAAAAAAGUUGGAAGAUGACGAGUAUAAAACAAAACUGAUUAAAUGGCUGCGCUUGAACGUCAGCGGUGACUGUACAGAGGACCGGAUGCUGGGAGUACUGGAUGCGCUGUUCACCAAGAAAUUUCAAACAAUGUGCACAUGGACUGGAAUAAGUCGGAAAGGUCCAAAAACGGCUGUCAUGCCAAACCGUAACAUCCUUGAAAUCUUUCAAAUAAUAGGUAGUGGCGAGUCAGAUGUGGUCAACCAACGGGAACUGGCCAACUUUUUUAUGAAAAAGCUCAAAAAUUCCCUAAAACGGUUGAAUCUUUCUGGCUUACGUCGUGCCACAAGGCAUAUUAGACGUAGAAAAACCAAAAAACAACAACAGGCUGAUCUUUGCGACAAUACCGACGACAGUAGCUCUCACAGCGAAGCUGAGCCCGAGUCUUUUACAGGAUACAUCGAUGAUAGUGGUUCAUCCGACGUGGAUGUUCAACAGCACAGCGCAGUGUACUCUGGCGAUAUACCAUCAACGUCCGAAAAUAGUUAUAAUGCAUUUUCUAUCGUUAAAAUCGAAUAAAAACCUCAUUACACGGCAUAGGAAACCAUUAUCCUUGCACUCAUAAAAAAUGCGAUUAUUUUCU